AUGUUCAACAAAGCAUGCUUUUUAACUCGUGUUGUCGCCUCAUCGGUAAGAGUUUCCGAAGCCGCUGGAGGAAUCAUCAAGAAUGUCAUGAAUGCUGGCGAUUUGAAAAUUAUUGACAAAUCUGAGCAAGGUAAACCAUAUGAUCCUCAAACGGAAGCGGAUCGACGCGCCCAGUUUUGUAUUGUUCAAUCAUUGCAAUCGCGCUUCAAAAAUUUGACAAUUAUUGGCGAAGAGGAAGAUACCACCCAAUGCCCAGAAGUUGAAAUCGGUUACAGUGAGAGCGUUCUCAACAUGGAACCACUUAUGAGCCCUGAUUUGAAAAGUAUCGAGGAAAAAGACGUCGUUGUUUGGGUUGACCCGCUUGAUGGAACCUCUGAAGUCGCUCUGGCCGUAAAAAACAAAAAUGCCGCUCUACUUGAGCAAGUCACUGUGCUCAUCGGAAUCGCAUAUCGCGGCCGUCCUGUCGCUGGCAUUAUUCAUCAACCGUAUCAUUCCGAUAAAGGCCGAACGGUUUGGGCGAUACGUGGAUGUGGCGUCAAUGGAUUGACACCAAUUAACGCUGCCUCCCUAAAAACUGUAGUGACCACAAGGAGUCAUUUGAGCGAUUCGGUACAGAAUGCAUUGGAAGCGUUGAAGGAAAAACAAUUGGCCGACAAUAUUGAGAAAGUCGGCGGCGCUGGAUUCAAAGUGCUCAAAGUGCUGGAAGGAUGCGCGGCUUACGUGUUCGCGAGUGCCGGCUGCAAGAAAUGGGAUACGUGCGCGGUUGAAGCCGUUCUCGAGGCGGCCGGCGGACAUCUCACCGACAUUUCCGGCCGUCAAAUCAACUAUGACAAGAAUGUGCAAUUGAACAACACUGGUGGCGUCUUGGCGACCGCAUCAUGGGUCAACCAUCAACAAUAUGUUGACUCAAUACCGCAGAAUAUCAAAAAUUCCCUUCCAGAGUUUGCAGCGAAACCAUAA